AUGCUGCGCUCAUUGUUGUCCCUUGCCCGCGGCUCCGAGCCCGACUAUGUUUUCCCCAAAGUGAAUCCCGAGGAAGAUGGGCCAGAUUGCCUGAGAGAUUGCGCGGAUUGCACGAUACAAUUCCCGGAGAAAGUGAAGAUCGAAGAUUCCAUGCCACUAUAUGGCCACAUCAAGCAGUUUCACUCGCACGUCCUGGUCGCAACGGGGCGGUCUGACUGGAAGGAGAAGGUUGGACAGGAGCGGGGGAGUCUGAUGGAGGCCUUUGAAGAUUCGUCGGCAAAGUCAAAACGGGGUCGAUACAUGGUGUCUGCGUCCAAUAUUCAACCACCAGACCAUGACGGAAAGGAGGUUGAAGCGGGCCAACCAACAACAGUCCUUAUCUUGCCCUCAUUCACAUUUGUGGACUCUGUCUCGCAAGCGGAUGUUCCCAAUCUGGUCCAGCAAUUUAUCGACACCCCUGCCGAUGAAAAGAACGGCACUGGUCAAAUUUGCAAAGGCGGAGGUAUGACCACGCGACCAUGCGAGCUGGACUACGUGAUUCUUCUCUGCUCGCAUAAGCGACGAGACGCGCGCUGCGGAAUCACAGCUCCCCUGGUCAAACGCGAACUCGAGCGACACCUUCGGCCUUUGGGAUUGGAUCGCGACGCUGAUGACUCGCGGCCCGGCGGUGCGGGUGUCUUCUUCGUUUCUCACGUUGGCGGGCACAAGUUCUCCGCUAAUGUGCUUAUUUAUCGGAAGAAGGAUCAGCAAAUGAUCUGGUUGGCGCGUGUGAGACCGGAACACUGUGAGGGAAUCGUGAAGUACACGAUACUGCAGGGAAAGGUAGUGCAUCCUGAAACGCAACUGCGGGGUGGAUUUGAUCAAAUACGGGGGUUGACAAGCUGGUGA